CAUUUUCACAUUACCGGCAUUUCAGCACUACUGCCGGUCGGGUUUUUUAUUAGACGGCGGUAAAGCCACAGUGUAGGAUAUUUAUCUUUUUUAUUUAUACAAAUUGUUUACAAGAUGCCUGGAUAUUCCGACAGAGAUCGCGGCAGGGACAGAGAUAGAGGCUAUGGCGGCGGUCCUCCUCGCUUCGGUGGCAACCGUGGUGGAGGUGGAGGAGGGAAGUUCGGCAAUCCCGGUGAGCGGCUGCGGAAGAAACAAUGGAACCUGGACGAGCUCCCGAAGUUUGAGAAAAACUUCUAUCAGCAACAUCCCGACGUUACCCGGAGGCCUCCGCAAGAAGUUGAACAAUACAGAAGGGCCAAAACCAUUACAUUUAAGGGGAGAGAGUGCCCCAAUCCCAUUGCAAAGUUCCACGAGGCCAGCUUCCCUUCUUAUGUGAUGGACGUCAUCAACAAACAGAACUGGACUGAACCAACACCCAUCCAGGCUCAGGGCUGGCCUCUGGCACUUAGUGGCAAGGAUAUGGUUGGAAUUGCGCAGACCGGCUCUGGAAAAACGCUGUCUUAUUUGUUGCCUGCAAUCGUGCACAUCAACCACCAGCCUUUCCUGGAACGUGGGGAUGGUCCCAUUUGCUUGGUGCUGGCCCCGACCCGUGAAUUGGCACAGCAGGUGCAACAAGUGGCCGCAGAAUAUGGCAGAGCUUCUCGCCUCAAGUCAACCUGUAUCUAUGGAGGAGCACCCAAGGGACCCCAGCUCCGUGAUCUGGAAAGAGGUGUGGAGAUCUGCAUUGCCACUCCAGGAAGGCUCAUCGACUUCCUCGAGGCAGGAAAGACGAACCUCCGCAGGUGCACUUACCUCGUGCUGGACGAAGCCGACAGAAUGCUGGACAUGGGCUUUGAGCCACAGAUUCGUAAAAUUGUCGACCAAAUCAGACCUGACCGUCAGACUCUGAUGUGGAGUGCCACUUGGCCCAAAGAAGUUCGCCAGCUGGCAGAGGACUUCCUGAAGGAAUACGUCCAGAUCAAUGUUGGGGCACUACAGCUCAGUGCCAACCACAACAUCCUGCAGAUAGUGGAUGUCUGCAAUGAUGGCGAGAAGGAAAACAAACUCAUCCGUCUGCUUGAGGAAAUCAUGAGUGAGAAGGAGAACAAGACCAUCAUCUUUGUGGAAACAAAGAGGCGAUGUGAUGACCUCACCAGGAGGAUGAGAAGAGAUGGAUGGCCAGCUAUGGGAAUCCAUGGUGAUAAAAGCCAGCAGGAAAGAGACUGGGUUCUCAAUGAGUUCAAAUAUGGAAAGGCUCCCAUUCUCAUUGCUACAGAUGUUGCCUCCAGGGGUCUAGAUGUUGAAGACGUGAAAUUUGUCAUCAACUUUGACUACCCCAACAACUCUGAGGACUAUAUCCACCGCAUUGGCAGAACGGCUCGUAGCCAAAAGACAGGCACAGCUUAUACCUUCUUCACUCCGAACAACAUGCGGCAGGCCGGUGACCUCAUCUCUGUGCUCCGUGAGGCCAACCAGGCCAUCAACCCCAAGCUCCUCCAAAUGGCGGAAGACAGAGGAGGUCGUUCAAGGGGAGGCAGAGGUGGUGAUUAUAGAGAUGAUCGCCGGGAUAGGUAUUCCUCUGGAAGGCGUGAUUUUGGCAGUUUUAGGGACAGGGAUAAUGGUAGGGGUUUUGACAACGGACCAAAUAAAACCUUUGGUGCAAAUUCACAGAAUGGAGGCUAUGGGGGCAGUAACGGCACCAGCAAUGGCUUCAGUGGAGGCAGCUACAAUGGUAAUGGACAGUCCAACUUUAACAACCAAACAGGCGCCUUUGGAGGCCAGAACAACUUCCCGGCCCCACAGUUUGCUCCCGCUAAAGGUGGCGCACAGACUGGCGCAGCUCAUCCCCCAUUCCCCUUCCCCCAGGCACAGGCUCCGCAGCAGCAUCCCCCACCACUGGUGCCCUACCCCAUGCCUCCACAGUUCUCUCAGUAAACACAACAUAUACUUGAAAGAAGUAAUUUAUUGCUUUUUGUCUUGUUUUAAGUUCGACACAGAAUUUUUGUAUUUACGACAGGGUUACAAACAACUUCAACCUCUAUCAAGCCUUUUAAGAUCUGCAGUGCAGCAAUAGUGGUGUUGCGCACAUUUUCCCCCUUACUAUUUAAUUUGUUACAUUCCUAAGUAAUGUUUAGUUAUGUUUUGUACUAGGUAAUUACAAGUGUAUUGGUUUUUCAUGUGUAUCAUUGAAAGUGAGAAGCUCCUACCUUGGAAGUGCACUGCAUGAUCUUUCAAAUAAAACUCAAAAAAUA